AUGGAACUCAACCGAGAACAUUUUCGCUUACUGUCUGUUUUCGGCAACGAAGCGCCACAUCAGUCGACAAUUUCCCGUUGGUAUGGAGAAUUCAAACGUGGACGGGUGAGGCUUAGCGACGAUCCCAGGGUGGAUCUCAAAGACCUCAAUUUAAAAAUUUUACAUGAAGAAUUAGGAGUAAGAAAAUUAGUUUCACGUUGGAUACCCCACCUGUUGACUGAAGAGCAGAAAGCAGCCAAGGUUAAUUGGUGUCACAAAACGCUUGACCGUUUCAAUUCUGGAAACUCAAAAAAUGUGUACAGCAUUGUUAGUGGUGGCGAAUUGUGGAUUUACUGUUAUGAACCAGAAAAUAAACGACAGUUGGCUGUUUGGGUGUUCCAAGGUGAAGAAAAGCCAACAAAAGUCAUCCGUUCUCGAAGCGUUUCGAAAAAGAUGGUCGCGACAUUUUAUACCACCAUCUGUUUGCCAAAAAUCAUCACCGAGCUUCGAAAAAUCAACCCCGAAAGAAGAAUCAACCUCCACCAAGGCAAUGCAAGCUUGCACACAGCCCAAAAAACAAGGCAGUAUUUAUCGGAAGAAAACGUGGAAUUAUUGGACCAUCCUCCAUAUAGUCCCGAUCUAGGUCCUAACGAUUUCUUUACUUUCCGAAAAUUAAAAAUCAGACUGCGUGGUCGAAGGUUCCAGUCAACAGAAGAAGCAGUUGACGCAUUCAAAAAUGCUGUUUUGUAUCUGCCAGGAAACGAAUGGAAUAAGUGCUUCGAAAAUUGGUUCGAGCACAUGCAGACGUGUAUUAAUCUUCAUGGAGAAUACUUCGAAAAACAAUAA